CGACCGACCACUCUCCGCCUGCUGUUGUUGUAGGAGUCGCUGAGCUGCACCCACUGCCGAGGCACCAGCGGCGCUCCGGUUGACCCGUGUGACUGGUGUGUUGACUCUGUUGGCAAUACAAAAGCAGCAACUAAAGGGAAGCACAAACGGUCCAUCACAAUGUUUAAUCUGAUGAAAAAGGACAAGGAGAAAGAGGGGAGUAGAAAAGAGAAGAAAGACAAGAAGGAAAGGAUGUCUGCAGCAGAACUUCGAAGUCUGGAGGAGAUGAGCAUGAGACGGGGUUUCUUCAACAUGAAGCGGGAGAAUAAAAGGGAGUCCAAGAACAAGUUGGAGAUAUCCAACCCAAUUCCCAUCAAAGUGGCCAGUAGCACCGAACUGACCCUGACUGACAUAGAAUCGGAUGGUUUGAGCAACAGAAGCAGCAUUGUCCUUGAUGACCAGCUAAGUGCUGCUAGUUCAAGUGAUGACCUCAAAGGGGAUGGUGGUGGAGGUCAGGAAGGGCAUCGAAACUCAGUUCGAGAUCGAGUUGCUCACUUUGGCUCCCUGGCCAAGCAGAAUUCUGCACAGAUGGGUCAGAUGAUGAAACGCUUUUCAUUUUCUCAGAGGGGCAAAGAGGAGAGCCCUUCAGAGAACUCUACACCUUCUGGCCAGAACUCUGCUGCACCAUCCCCUCAGGCUGAGAGUAAAGUGUUUGACAUGUUGCGCAAACAUAGCCUCAAGCAACAUGGAGCACCUCCUGUUGAAAAAGUGUGCAUCCCCGAAGUUGUGGGGAAGACAUUCCCUGCGCAUCUGCAGCUGCCUACUGUCUUGACUCCGACUGCACCAGAAACACGUGAACUGGAACUUCAGCGUCGCAAUACUGGAGAUUUUGGCUUUUCUCUGCGCCGCACGACAAUGCUGGACCGCAGUUCAGAUGGCGGAGUUUACAGACGGGUGGUCCACUUUGCUGAACCUGGGGCAGGCACCAAAGAUCUGGCUCUUGGCCUUGUUCCUGGUGACAGGCUAGUGGAAAUCAAUGGACGGAACGUGGAGAACAAGACCAGAGAUGAAAUUGUCGAGAUGAUCCGUCAGUCCGGUGACACCGUACGGCUGAAGGUGCAACCCAUCUUGGAGUUGAGUGAGCUUAGUCGAUGCUGGCUCAGGAACACAGAGGGACUUCGCAGGGAGACCCGACAAGGUCAGUCAAGUGAAACAACUGCCCAGGAGACCCCUGUAUCUGAAAGUGUUAUUGUGAUAAAAGAUGAAAACAAAGUGGAAGUCAAAAGUUCAGUCAAUGACGGUUUGGCAAACCGUACCUUGUCUGUGCCAGCUUUAGAACCUGGAUGCGGGAUAUAUCGAGCCCGUAGUCCAGCACCAGUUGCUGCCCUAGAAGGCCGACUCAGAAGUCCCUCGCCGCCAAAAAACCGAGCAUCUGUGAAAUUACCUGAGCGCUUCAGCAGUUCUGAAUCUCCAACCAAUGCACCAACAAUUAGAAGGCCAGAACAACAACCUGUUCAUAGUAUGCAAGAGCAAAAACACAUCCUGGGCAAAACGUCACUCAAUACUAUGGCCAGUGGUGAUGCUCAGGUUCCAUCUUCUGACGCAAGCCAGCUUGAAUGUACCGAUGACCAAUCUCAAGGACGAAAAAAGGUGGUGAAAGUGGUUCGCCGGGUUGUCAGAAAGCUGCUCCCUGAAGUGGAGUUCUCAACAGAAUGCAUCUCAGAAUAUCCUGACACAUCCAAGAAUGGUCCUCUUUCAAUGUCCAAAGCCCCUGCAACCUCUGCUUUCUCUUUUAAACAUGAUGCUAUUAAAACAGAGGAUGACAUUUCUAGAGGUUUGACCAGUCUUAUGGUCAGAGGACGAACCAGAGAGCCGCACCCCAGGAUACGCAGGGAGGACCGUCCAGAAAAAAUUGAGUUGGAGAAAGAACUAGAAAAGAAGGUGGAAAAAGGAGAAGUUAAGCCAACAAAGGGACUGAAAAAUGGCGAUUUGCUCACUCAAGAAACAAAUGAGGCAGUGUGCCAAUCCUCCAUAUCUCUAAUAGAUUCUUGUGAGACUCCUUCUCUACAGUCACCUCCAACCAAAACCUGUCAUUCCAGACCUACAUCCUCACCACCUGUUUUUGGCUUGAUUGCUGCACAUAGUGCUUCAACUAUGACACCACCAGGCAUUUUACCUGCCCCCACUCAAAAGCCUUUCAGUCAUCUCUCAGCCCCCAUGAUGUCUCAGAAACCUCCUCCGUUGUGUCAUGGUCAAAACUCCCAGACUGGUAGCUGUAGUACCCAGAUUCCUACCCAUGGCACUAGUCCUUCCUACCCCACUCCUUCGUCAAUUUCCACUCAUCAACCAACCAUGACAAAAUCAGAGGGAUCGGUGGAAGAAGACCCUGUAGCUCUACUGCAGGCCACACACACUGCAGCUAGGCUACCACAGGUGAAGACAGAAGAGCAGAUCGCAGCAGAACAGGCCUGGUAUGGCUCUGAGAAAGUCUGGCUGGUUCACAAAGAUGGCUUCUCCCUGGCUACCGUGGUGAGGACUGAACCUGGUGACAUCUCGGAAGGGAAGGUGAAGAUUAAACUGGAAUAUGAUGGGUCUCUCCUUGAGGUGGAUGAGGAUGAUAUUGAGAAAGCAAACCCACCGAGUUAUGAUCGUGCAGAGGAUCUGGCUUCUCUUCUGUACUUGAACGAAUCAAAUGUGAUGCACUGUCUGAGGCAGCGCUACGGAGGAAACCUCAUCCACUCCUACGCUGGACCAAACAUGGUGGUCAUCAAUCCCCUUAGCACCCCAUCCAUGUAUUCUGAGAAGGUGAUGCACAUGUUCAAAGGAUGCAGGCGUGAAGAUUCAGCACCUCAUAUAUAUUCUGUAGCUCAGUCAGCCUACAGAAACCUGUUGACCACGCGUCAGGAUCAGUCCAUAGUUCUGUUGGGUAAGACAGGCAGUGGAAAGACUACCAACUGCCAGCACUUGGUCCAGUACCUGGUCUCCAUAGCAGGCAGCACUGGCAAAAUCUUCUCGGCUGAGAAGUGGCAGGCUGUCUACACCAUCUUGGAAGCAUUUGGUAACAGCUCAACUACUAUGAACUCCAAUGCCAGUCGAUUCUCGCAUAUAGUGUCCUUGGACUUUGACCAGGCAGGGCAGGUGGCCUCAGCAUCGAUUCAGACUAUGCUUCUGGAGAAGUUGAGAGUGAGCAGACGGCCAGAAGGAGAAUCCACUUUCCACGUUUUCUACUACAUGAUGGCUGGAGCAGACAGCACCCUGAAGACUGAGCUACACUUCAACCACCUGGCGGAGAACAGUGCUUUUGGUAUAUUCCAUCUUUCCAAGCCUGAAGAAAAGCAGCGCGCCUCGCAACACUUUACCAAGCUACAGGCAGCCAUGAAGGUGCUGGGCAUUACUAGUGAGGAGCAGAAGGCUCUCUGGUUUAUCCUUGGGGCUAUUUAUCACCUGGGAGCCGCAGGUGCCACCAAAGCUGGGCGACGGCAGUUUGCUCGCCAUGAAUGGGCCCAAAAGGCAGCGUACCUGUUGGGCUGUACACUUGAGGAGCUGUCCUCUGCCAUCUUCAAGCAGCAAGUCAAAGGCCUGCAGAACUCAACCUCUUUCAGAGGAGGACUGGACGACGCCUCACAGGCUGAUGUGUCAGGAUCCAAGGUGACAGCUUCAGAGUGUCUGGAGGCCAUGGCAUCAGGACUCUACUCUGAACUCUUCACCCUCGUCAUCUCCCUCAUUAAUAGAGCUCUGAAAUCGAGUCAGCACUCCCUUUGUUCCCUCCUCAUCGUGGACACACCCGGCUUUCAGAAUCCUCGGCUUGCUCAGCAGAAUCGUGGAGCAACUUUUGAGGAGCUUUGCCACAACUACACCCAAGAAAGGCUGCAGACAUUGUUCCAUGAACGCACCUUCGUCCGGGAGCUGGAAAGAUACAAGGAGGAAAGUAUAGAGCUUGCUUUAGAUGACAUAGAAUCCAGUCCUUCAAAGUCUGUAGCUGCUGUCGAUCAAGCAUCCGUCCAAGCACUGGUACGAACUCUAGGCCGAACCGAUGAAGCUCGUGGUCUUCUGUGGCUAAUGGAGGAGGAGGCUGUCCUACCUGGUGGAUCAGAGGAAAAAAUGUUGGAGAGGCUUUUCGGCUACUAUGGCUCUUCCCCGGCGGAAAACAAAGAGUCCAGCCUGCUCUUGAGAGGGGACAAGUCCCACCUCUUCCUACUGGGCCACAGCCAUGGUACUGACUGGGUGGAGUACAACACCCAAGGAUGGCUGAGUCAUGCCAAGCACAACCCUGCUGCCCAAAAUGCUGCUAGCCUGCUGCAGGAUUCCCAAAAGAAGAGUAUCAGCGGGCUGUUCAUGGGCCGUGCCAGUGGAGCCACAGUUCUGUCUGGCUCCAUUGCUGGUCUAGAAGGUAGCUCUCAAUUGGCUCUGCGACGGGCCACCAGCAUGAGGAAGACUUUUACCACAGGAGUGGCUGCUGUCAAGAAAAAGAGUCUAUGCAUUCAAGUCAAACUACAAGUGGACGCUUUGAUCGACAUGGUGCACCGAUCAAAAGUCCACUUUAUUCAUUGUCUGCUGCCCAAAGCGGAGCCAGUCGGAGGAGGAGGCGAACCCAGGGUCAGCCUCGGUGAAACCACAGAGUCGGGCCUCAUGACUCUGGAUCUGGGUCUCCUAAGAGCUCAGCUGCGUGGUUCAAAGCUGUUGGAUGCUUUACGCAUCUACAGACAAGGAUACCCAGAACACAUGGUCUUUUCCGAAUUCCGCCGGCGAUUUGAUGUUCUAGGACCUCAUCUGGCCAAGAAGCAUGGCCGCCACUACGUUGUUGUGGAUGAAAAGGCGGCAGUGGAGGAGCUGCUGCACUCACUGGAGUUAGAGAGGAGCAACUAUCACCUAGGUCUGAGUCGGGUGUUCUUCCGAGCAGGGACUCUGUCAAGGCUGGAAGAGCAACGGGAUGUUCAGAUGAGAAGAAACAUCACUCUCUUCCAGGCGGUGUGCAGGGGCCAUUUAGCCCGUCAGGCUUUCAAGAAGAGGAAGAUUCAGGAGCUUGCGAUCCGUUGCAUUCAAAAGAACAUUAAGAAGAAUCGUGGAGUGAAAGGCUGGCCAUGGUGGAAGCUCUUCACUACCGUUCGACCUCUGAUAGAGGUGCAGCUUACUGAAGAGCAGAUCCGUGGUAAAGAUGAUGAAAUUCUGCAGUUGAAGCAAAAGCUGGAGAGGGCGGAGAAAGAACGAAAUGAACUAAGACUUAAUAGUGACCGUCUGGAGAGUCGAAUUUCAGAGCUUUCAUCUGACCUGACCGAUGAGAGGAACUCUGGGGAAUCAGCUGCUCAGUUGCUGGAGACAGAAACCUCUGAGCGGCUGCGUCUGGAGGAGGAAAUGAAGGACCUGCAGACCAAAUUUGAUAGCAUGAAGAAACAGAUGGAGUCUAUGGAGGUGGAGGUGAUGGAGGCCCGACUCCUCAGGGCAUCAGAACUCAACGGUGAUUUGGAUGAUGAUGACACAGGAGGAGAGUGGCGUCUGAAAUAUGAGCGAGCAAUCAGGGAGAUCGAGUUCACUAAGAAACGGCUGCAGCAGGAGUUUGAUGACAAACUGGAGGUGGAGCAACAGAACAAACGACAGCUCGACCGGAGGGUCAGUGACCUGGUGGCUGAUAAUGAGGAGUCCCAGCGGAAUAUCCAGCAGCUGAAGAAAAAAGCACAGAGACUCACAGCAGAAUUGCAGGAUACCAAACUUCACCUGGAAGGACAACAGAGCCGCAAUCAUGACCUGGAGAAAAAACAGAGGAAGUUCGACAGUGAGCUGAGCACUGCUCAAGAGGAAGUGCAGAGGGAACGCAGCUUCAGGGAAAAGCUGGGCCGAGAGAAAGACAUGCUUUCCAGUGAGGUGUUCAGCCUCAGACAGCUGCUAGAGGACAAAGAUCUGGAGGUGUGUGCUGUAAACCUGAAGAUUGAUCAGCUAGAGGCCGAGCUUCUUGACCUCAACUCCCAGGAGUCGAAGGAUGAAGCUUCGCUUGCCAAGGUGAAGAAGCAACUGCGGGACCUGGAGGCCAAAGUAAAGGACCAGGAGGACGAGCUGGAUGAACAGGCCGGCACCAUCCAGAUUUUGGAACAGGCCAAACUCCGUCUGGAAAUGGAGAUGGAGCGCUUGCGUCACACCCAUUCCAAGGAGAUAGAGAACAAAGACGAUGAGGUGGAGGAGAUCAGGCAGUCUUGGAGUAAAAAGCUGAAGCAAAUGGAAAUUCAACUGGAGGAAGAGUAUGAUGAGAAGCAGAAGGUUCUGAAAGAGAAGAGAGAACUGGAGUCAAAGCUUCUGACUGCACGGGACCAGGUGAGGGGUGGUGACAUUGAGACUGAAAAGCGUUUGAGGAAGGACCUGAAACGAACCAAGGCUUUGCUCGCUGAUGCCCAGAUCAUGUUGGACCACAUCAAAAAUAACGCACCAAGCAAGAGAGAGAUCGUCCAGUUGAAAAACCAGCUGGAGGAGUCUGAGUUCACAUCUGCUGCUGCAGUUAAAGCCCGAAAGUCAAUGGAGGUAGAAAUUGAUGACCUGCAUGUUCAGAUGGAAGACAUCUCCAAAUCAAAACAGGCACUUGAGGAACAGCUGAGCCGUUUACAGCGGGAGAAAAACGACUUGCAGUCAAGGAUGGAAGAGGACCAGGAAGACCUUAAUGAGCUGAUGAAGAAACAUAAGGCUGCUGUGGCUCAGUCAGCCCAGCACUUUGCUCUGAUCAGUGACCUCCAGGCCCAGCUGGAGGAGGCCCUCAAAGAGAAGCAGGAAGCGCAAGAGAAGAUGCAAUCACUUCAAAGUCAGCUAGACUUCCAGGAACAGUCUAUGGUGGACAAAUCUCUGGUCAACCGACAAGAAGCCAAGAUGCGGGAGCUGGAAUCCAAGCUGGAGUUUGAGAAGACCCAGGUCAAACGUCUAGAGUGUGUGGUGGCACGUCUCAAAGAAAAUUUGGAAAAGUUGACAGAGGAACGAGACCAUCGUUGCAGCAGUGAGAGCAGAGAGCGGGAGCAAAACAAGCGUUUGCAGAGACAGAUUCGUGACAUGAAGGAAGAGAUGGGAGAAUUGUCAAAGAAGGAAGGAGAGGCCAGUCGCAAGAAGCACGAUCUGGAAAUGGACAACGAGAGUUUGGAGGCUGCCAACCAGAGCCUACAGGCUGACCUCAAAUUAGCGUUCAAGAGGAUAGGCGAUCUGCAGGCGGCUAUCGAGGAUGAGAUGGAGAGUGAUGACAAUGAAGAUCUGAUCAACAGUUUGCAAGAUAUGGUCACAAAGUAUCAGAAAAGAAUGAACCGAAUUCAGGGGGAUUCAGACACUGACUCUGAGGUGGAGGACCGGGUGGAUGGGGUGAAGUCUUGGUUGUCUAAAAGUAAAGGAUCAGCCAAGAACUUGUCGGAUGAUGGCAGCCUGAAAAGUUCCAGAUUUGCAGUAAACUUAGAUGCAAAGGAAGGUAAAGAAUGGACUGAGUGUAAGGACUGGAAUGAAGUCGGUACAGGUAUAGCAAUGGAUCAAACUCGUCCCGUGUCAGUCAUGAGCUCCCUGAGCUACAGAAAACAAGAACCAAAACAUGGUAACUGUGGGUCUAAAAACGACGACCUCUUCAGCUCACUUAAGAAAACUGUUGAUUCUGACGAUGGGCUGUCUUUGCGUAAGACUAAAGUGAGUGUGGAUCAAGACCACUCGCACUUGGUUGUCUCCAGAAGAAAGUCUGUUGAAGCUGAUGACCUCGAUGACAGGAAAUCCGUUAUUUCACAGGCUUGCACAGAGGCCAGCAGCUGGGCUAGGAAGGGCCUGGAGAGCCGAGUGGGAGACUUUGACAAUGAGUCGACAGUCUCCUACAGUCGAGUCUCCAGCCGGCCAGCCUUAAGUCCAGAUUUUGAUAGGAAGUCCACUAUCAGUCUAUCUGACUCAACUGCGCAACGUCAAACUGCUUCACGCUCGAAUGAGCAUGGGUUCCUCAACAGCAGUAGUCCCAAUAGUCUCUAUAACAGGCAGGCCACCCCCUCGCGUGCCGGCAGGAUCAGUCAGGCUGAUUCUAACACGUCCAUGGCUCGCAGCUGCUUUCUCAGUGAGUUUGACAAAGACAGUCAUGGCGUAGCCUUCAGUGAAAGGUCAUCCUACAGCCUCCACACCACAACUGGGCGUAGCUUCUCAAUGCCACCCCCGCAGGGACGAUCAUCAACACUAGACACAGACAGACACAUUGAUGAGUUGGAAAUCAAACCGGUCACUCAUCGUAACUACCUCGAUCCUGACUUAGAGAAAGCCAUCAAUGAGGUCCUGAGCUUCGAGCCCAUCAAAUUCAAAAGAAGUAGUCUGGAGGACUCUCAGGCGGAAGAGGACUCCUCCAAGAAGGAUAAAAUGAAUGGAAAGAGUCACAAGGCUCAAAGCUCAUCAGGCGGACUUCAGCGAUCAGCGUCGGUAAUGAAUGUGAGGACCACGAGCCGCUGCAGUCGUGGAACCAGCAAGAGCCGUGGAAAGAGCAAGAAGAAAAAGAGGAGCCACAGUUCAGAGUCUGAGAGCUCCGGAGAACACAGUCGCCACAGGAGCACCUCAAGAAGAAGGUCCAGGAAAUCCAAGAAGAAGGCAAAGAAAAGGACCUCAUCAUCCUCAUCCUCAUCUUCAUCAGAGUCUGACUCCGACUCCAGCUCAGAAUCCAGUUCUGGUGCAUCCACCAUCUCCUACCGCAGCACCAGCAGUGUGAAGAGGGCGCUGUCUCCAAAGCCCCCAAACAAGGGUGAAGACACUGAGCCUCAGAACGAGAACCGACCCAUCAGCAAGAGUGAUGAGAAGAAGAGGAAAAAGAAGGUGGACAGUCUGAUGAUGAAGUACCUGUACCGGGCGGAGAGUGACUGAUCUGCAGCAGGUUGUCCAGAUGUGACUCAGCAUGGUGUGACCUAACCUGUGCUGUCGAGUAACAGAGUGCAUGUUCUCUGCCCCUUCAUGAUUCUUAAGUCAUGUAUGUGAUUUGUAGGGGCCGGAUGGUGAUAAAAGUAUCAGCCAUUGACGAUUAAAACCCAUAAUAACGUCAGCUGUGCUGUGAUUGGUCCCCAUAUGAUCAAUGCUUCAGGACUACACCUUUCUGUCACAGAGUUGACUGCAUGCUCCACAACAACCCACAGAAACGAAACAUUCAACAAGUUUGCUUACAUUUUUAAUCCACAUAUUUGAUUUAAACUUGAAACAGAAAUGUCACAGCUUUGUGUCUGCAUAUACAUUACAUUCGUAACCUGAACCAGGUACCUUAUAAAUGAAACAAUAGAAUAUUAUCUGAGACAGUUUUCGAAGCCACCAGCACGUUUUUUUUUUCACUAAUCCAGUGUCAUGCAUGACAUUUUGCAGUGUGAAUGUGCUUUCUGAGUCACCCAACAACCUUAGCUCCCUGGCUGACGGUAGCAGGUGAUGUCACAUUGGUUUUGGUUUGUGGGGUUUUUUUUCUCGCAAUGUUGCAGCUGAGGAGUAUACAAUUUAGAGAUGAGUGCAUUGGGUGGCCGAAGGAUCCGAGUAAGAAGCUGACGCACUAUUGUUUAAGUCCAGGUUGCCCUGUUUCUUAUCUUUCCACUGUACUACCACGCUGCAUCUGAUAUCUAGGACUGUAUUUGACCACGUACGCCCAACUAUAGAGGUCAGAGUUGAGCCAUCCCUACCGGAGUUUACCAAACUGGACUGUUGGAAAAGAAUUUCCUUGCAGGAGUUCAGAUGACUUUGAUCUUUGCAAUACAAAGUAUUGCUCAUGCCCACUUACAUUGCUUGCUUGACUACUGACUCAUUCUUCUACAUCAUUUCCUUGUUCUAAUGGCAUUGUUUUUCUGUCUUGUCCUUAGUCCUCCAUCCCGCAGAGCUUAUGUCUUCAGCAGGUCUGAUGAAGAAGAGGAGGAAGAGGAAGAUGGGCCUAACCGCAGCUCCUUCUACUCCGGAUACUAGAACAGCUGCCGUGUGAGAGGCACAGAGGACGUGAUGCAUCGCCAUGGUUCUGACUGUCUCCUGCAUGACAUUUUGAACAACAGUGCUACAGUUUUCUUGAAGCUACAAGUAAAAGAUACUUGAAAGUCACAUGACAGGGUGAUUUGUCUCACCAGAAGUGGAGUAACCACUGUCAUCUGUGUGUGCGUGUUGCUUUUGUCACCACCUUGGUGCAAUGUUUUUCUGUGGACAUUUGCCAUUAUCUUUCUCACACAUCCUCUCCUGAUGACACACACACCUCUCACAAAAAAGAAAAACUGAAACAAUUGUUUUUACCAAACAGCUACGGGGACCGGUGUACCUCUUCAAGAAUAUGUCAUGCUUGUGUCUCCAACACUAUAUAAAACACUCUAGACACAUGGUGUACCUACCAACAGUCUACCGUGUCAACUAUCGAGUACUGCUCUUUUACUUGCUUUUAUGUAACACAUUUGACGGAUCAUGUAGUCUUGAUACACCUUUUUAAACCACAUUAGCUUGAUUGUGCAGCCGUCAGUCAUCCCAGUGCACAAAUAUUGCUUUUCUCGUGCUGGAUUUCAGCUUAGUCACCAAUCCAUGCAAAUAUCCGUGGGACAAUCUACAGAUGGCGCUGUUUAGGCAUAACAUUUGAAUCCCCUGAUAUCAUCUCCAACAGUCUCACACAUGCGUACACUAACAAUUCUGCUGUAGCCCACAUUGCCGAAACCUGAUGCUGCCUUUUGUUGUCAGUCGUGGGUAAGCAACCGCAACGUUGUAACUGAUUCUGCACAGCCUCGUGUCUUACUGUUAUCCAGUAAUGCCAGAAGAAAUCCACCUGCGCUCAUCAGCUGCUCGCUGGCAGAGAUGCGCGAGGGUGAGUAAAUGGAAGUGCGUUUAGGGACCUAAUGGCCUCAAAAAUACACGUACUGCUUUCUUGGAUUCUCUAUGCAGUGGAGUUUUGAGUGAGUCUUUAUAUUUCCUGAAUUCUGGUGAAGGGCCUGACUGUGAGAGAAAACUAUAGAGCUGCACGUAACACUGUUUAUAUAUGAAUAUUAGCAAUGCUGGCUUUAAAAAUAGGUCCUUGUUUAUUAUCAUUAUCGAAUAAAUUGACCUCUUGUGAUACAUUUUGCAUAACAAUUUAAUAUAUUGUAAAUAAAUCAUGGUGCUUGUUUUAUAUGCUGUCAUGUCUUU